AUGGUCAGCGACGCGAACACUUCCCUCAGCUCCAGCAGAGCGAAGCAGUCCAAGCGCGAUGAGGCUAUCCGCAUUAAGAUCGAAAAGGACCUCAACAAGAAGCGUGGACCUGGUAACAGAGCACGACAGACUCGAAAAGCACCGCCGGGUACUGUGCUCGCCCUUCGACCGAACCAAGCCUUGCAGAUCAAGCCCACGAUGACCGUCACCGAGGCAGCACAAUUAAUGGCAGCGAAGCGAGAGGACUGCGUGCUCGUAACAGACGAUGAUGACAGGAUCGCGGGUAUCUUCACGGCUAAAGAUCUGGCAUUCCGAGUGGUAGGCGCAGGACUCAAGGCUCAAAACGUGACAAUCGCCGAGAUCAUGACCAAGAACCCAUUAUGUGCAAAGACGGACACAAGUGCAACGGAUGCAUUGGACCUCAUGGUGCGGAAGGGCUUCAGACAUUUGCCGGUCAUGGACGAGAACCACGACAUCUCUGGUAUUUUGGACAUCACAAAAUGCUUCUACGACGCAAUGGAGAAGUUGGAGCGUGCAUACAGCUCGUCGAAGAAGUUGUACGACGCAUUGGAGGGCGUUCAGGCCGAGCUCGGGUCAAGCCAACCGCAGCAGAUCAUACAAUAUGUUGAAGCCGUCAGACAGCGUAUGUCCGGACCUACACUGGAGUCAGUCUUGAACGGACUACCUCCGGUCACAGUGUCUGUAAGGACAAGCGUCAAGGAGGCAGCUCAGAUGAUGAAGGACAACCACACCACUGCGGUACUCGUGCAGGAUCAAGGUCAAAUUACCGGAAUCUUCACUUCAAAGGAUGUUGUCCUUCGUGUCAUUGCAGCUGGUCUGGAUCCAGCGAAUUGCAGCGUCAUUCGUGUCAUGACACCUCACCCCGAUUUCGCACCAAUGGACAUGAGCAUUCAGCAGGCUUUGAGAAAGAUGCACGAUGGCCACUACCUCAACCUGCCGGUCAUGAACAAGGAGAGCGACGAAAUUGUUGGCAUGGUCGACGUUCUGAAGCUGACCUAUGCAACCCUGGACCAGAUCAAUGGCAUGUCGACUGGCGACAAUGAAGGUCCAGCAUGGAACAAAUUCUGGAUGUCGAUGGAGAACGAGACCGAGUCGAUGAUGUCUGGUGAAGGUGGUAGCCACAUACCACACACGUCCGAUGAGCGGUCCAACAUGAUGUCGCCCGACAUGGGACACCGUAUGCACCUCGAGCGCGGUGACAGCGUCCUCCCAAACGACUCUGCAUCACACACUGGUGCACCGGAUCAAGAGCAGUCCCUUGCUGGUGCUGUUGAAGACAGACCUUUUACCUUCAAGUUCAAGGCCCCCGGAGGGCGUGUCCAUCGACUGCAGGUCGUAGCUUCGGCAGGCCUGGCAGAGCUCAUCACCGACGUUGGAAACAAGCUCGGAAACGAGGCUGAGGGCCUGGGCGGUGUUCCCACAUUCGAGAAUGGCACGCUCGGUCAUGCAGGCUUUGCGCUGAGUUAUCUGGACAACGAAGGCGAUACAGUCUCCAUCACAACUGACCACGAUCUCCUGGAGGCCAUUACCCUCGCUCAAGCUGCACGCAAAGACAAAGUCGACCUCUUUGUCCAUGACCCGGAGAAGCCAGCAUUGACCGCCACGGUCGAUCCACAACCCGCCAUCAUCCCUGUCACGCCGCCGCCAGAGUCGAUCAGACGCCGCAGGGUUGAAGAGGAUGAGGAGGCUGAAGAAGAGGCGCAAGCAGCUGCAGAUCGCCGUAGAGAACGAAAAGCUGCAGCAGCGCAGCCCGUAAAGCAGGAGCAGAUCGUUCCAGGAGUUCCAAACGAGGCUCUGCUCCCGGGUGCAAUCGUCGUCCUCGGAGCCGUUAUUCUCAUUACCUUUGUCGCUGGACGUUCCAGCCGGUAG